AUGUUUGACAUCAACGAAGCUAAUCAACCCAGAAGGUAUGGACUAUCUGGCAUUGCGUUGCAAGGUGGAGAUUGGGCUUAUCUGACUCUUGAUUGGGAAGAAAGUGAACUGAUGAAGUUACUAGAUGUCUUAAAGAAGUUCAGUAAAUUCAUACUCAAUGUGGAAAGUGUUGAGAUAUCGUAUCCUCGCGGCCCUGCUGGUUUGUUAGUCCUAGCCCAACUCUUAACACUGUUCGAAAACCCAGAGUUGAAUGCUACGAAGGAACCUCUUAAUAUUACUAUCUAUUUAAGACAUAUAGCUUCUUGCCCUUCUUUGGAGUCAUCAUUCAAUAAUGUUGAUUUGCAGAACCAGUUCCGAAACCAAAUUGAGAAGAUUGAAGAGUCGCGAUACAUUAUCCGCCUGAAGGAUAUUAGUGGGCUCACAUCAGAUAUACAGAAAUUCAUUUGGCCACUAGCAACUCAUUUAUCAAUAUCCUAUAUGGGUAUAGUCCACCCUCAAAUGGACAAGAUAGACUUUCUUAACGAUGUCAACUGGAUAGACCAAUUCAUCCUCGCAUUAGACCUAGACUACCAAAAGGACCUUACUAUUAGUUUAGGAGCCAGGACCGCGAAAGGCAUAGGUCUCCCGUUUUGUGGUUGUAUAAGCAUCCACACUAACAUUCCAGACCAUGGCCAACCGUCUAGCCGCCCCCCAAAGAUUUGUCUUACAGGCCUUACUGAAUACCUUGGGCCCAAUUCUUAUGAUAAGAGUGGCAAGCUCUUAGGCACUUUAGUAUGGGUGUCCCCUGUCAUUUCAACAAAAGAUGGCCAUAAGUUGGAUCAUUUGAAGCGGGUUAACUAA